AUGACUUUCUCCGCAAAGAACAGCGCCACCGGGCCCCUAUUCAAGCGCGACGGCGACAUCGAUGAUCUCCGACCUAGCGAUAUGCGCCAUGCGACUAAGGUCGCCAACCGUCUUCUUCACGAAUCCGCGUACGAGUACGCCGUCGAGGCAGUCAAGCACGGCUCCAACUUCAUACUCGUCCAGCCAGGCAUCGUGUAUCUCCUCUUCUCUCGCUCCGACUGGAUCCGCGAGGCGGAGGGUAACGACGCCCUCAUCGUCGUCGAUAGCCUUCGCCCGACGCCUAUGAUCGGAGGCAGGCAUGACGAAGAGAAGCUGAAAGAGGUCAUGCUCCAAGCCGCUGAGUGCGAGCGCGCCGCAUCCGAUGACGACGAACCGACCACAGAGCGUCCGAAUAUUCAUCUCACCCGAGCUCGUGUCCAGAAGGAGUCGAAUGUAGCCAAGAUCCCGAAUUCAGACCAGCGAGCUGAUAUUAGUGAGAAGGAAAAGCCGGGAAAGAAUGUGAAAGCCCCGAAGAAGUCUAAAGCGGUGUCAACAAAGCUCAAGAACGGCAUGUCUCCCCUCGCCCAGCGGAUCCAGGAGUACAAAACGGCGCAAAAGAUCUUCCCGAACGUCGGGCAGCAGGCCUCUGGGAAUGGCUACACGCGGCGUGACUUCAUCACGGACGCCGCGGAGUAUCUAUGGCCAGGUUCAUCCCCACAGCUUGUUGCCCGUAAGUCGCAUCGGAUCGCUCGCAUUGCCCAGUUCUACACGAAGCAGAGGGUGGACCUAGAUGCGCUUGCGCCGCGUCCGUGGAUUGAAGUCGCGAAUAAAUAUGCCACGGAUAGUACUGCUCUGGACUUCCUUGAGCAGGCUGCCGAAGUCAUCGGAGCUCAGAACUGGUCGACGGACGAGAAGGCGGAAUUUGUCGAGCGAGAGAUGGCAUCUGUCGAAGACAAGGUGGCUGCAUGCAAGGCAGCUCUCAAGAAGGAAGCAGACACCAACGCAUUCCUCUCGCUGCUUGCUGCAACGAAUAAGUCGACCAAUAGGACGGGCACUGCAUCUCCAUCCUCGACGGCACCUACAUCCCCCGCUUUUAGCUCACCGACUGGGGACGAUCAGAAGAUGUUGGACUCAAAUGACGUUGCCUUGGAGGAGCACAACCAGGCUAUGGACCCUAUGGGGCUCAAGAACAAAGACUGGAAGCAACAGGCAACCCUCAGCCCAACCGUGGAUCUGUGCUUCUCGAAUCCGCCGAGCAAUGGUAGCCCGCUCCAAUUCGGCGCCCACUCACCUCCGAAGGAUUUACCUCAGCGCUGCAAGGCUCCGUGCAAGAAGUCUAGGUUCACUGGCACCUGUAUGGCGCAAGCGGCUCCCAACUUCGAAGCCUGGAAGACGAAGAAUCCGUUCGAGUUGAAGCCGGGGGUGGCUGUGGAUACUGGCCAGAUCUCCGCUUCUCCAUUGAUGCCUACUAUAGGUACAUGUCUCCCGUCGGAUCUUCAAGGCGAAGGAAAGGCACCUAUCCAGGACGACGUGAAGGUCUCUGAGGACCAAGAGGCCACCGUGUCUGGCAAAACGGUCCAGUCUGAGCAGAACGAGAAACCCGCAGAAGAAAAGAUGAUCGACAGCUACCUGGUGGAAGAAAAUGCUAUCCAAGAGCCGGUAGUUUCGGCACUCAGUGGCCUUUCUGAGCAGUCCUCUCCUCCAUCCGGGGAGUCACAGCAGGCUGAAGUCGCGGCUACAGUUGGCGCCUCUGAGGCAGUCCCGGAAGGGGACCAAGCUUCCCCGGAAUAUGAACAGCACGAGAUUACUCCAUCUAGUGGUGAAUUGCUGGACGAAUCUUCGGUGUCCACCGAGGCUAAGGUCGAACAGAAUGCCUAUCAAGAAGAAGCCAAUCUAGUCGCCGACGUCACUAGCACGGACCCAGUUACUGAGCCUGAAAUAUCCCCCGUUGAGUCAGAACUGAGCGACGACAACCAGGACCCGACUGAUGCCGUUUUGGUCGAGGAGACUGCGCCGAUGGAAGAUCGCGAAGUGGAGGAAGGCAUGCGCUUCUCCGCGGCUCCCGAGGAGGGCCAAGAAGAGAGUUCACUCAUCGCAUCAAAGGCAGAAGGAGACAUCUCCGAUGCUCCUAACAUCACCGAAGAGCUUUCCAACGCUCCUUCUGAUUAUGGACUGCAGGAUGAAUUAGACUAUGACGAGCAAUCCCCAGUGGACAUGGAGGAAACCGUCACGCUUCCGCUCGCCAAUGCGCCGGCACAAACCAUUCUUUCCAACGAGAAGGAUGUCUGCGACGAUACCUCCCUUCCUUCUUGUGCCUUGAGGAAUGCUUCCAAAGACACGCAGGCCAUUGUCCAAGCUCCAGUUUUGGAGUACGAAUCCGAACGUGAGGCUGUAGACACGGACGAUGAAGAGGCUGCAAAUGAUGUCCUAGAUGAGGAUCUUGCUAAAGAAUACCUCGCAUGCUCUUCUUCCAUGCUCGACAGUGACGGAGAGUCCUCAUAUCAAGAUUCUAUCUCCUAUGUAACCCGAGAUACUACGCCCGAGCCUGAGUCGGACGCGGAAACGGACGCGGAAGAGAGCAAACUCAAGCUUCUCACGCUUUCAACUCCGCUCACUCUUCCGCUUGACCUGCUGCAUGAGGAUAAAGUGGAUGCUAGCUCGGCGCCGGCAAACCUGCCUCAACUUCCCGCGUCCGAGAACCUUGUGGAUUGGUUCUCCGGCUGGUGCGGCGACUACUUUCCGCCGGCUCCACAGAUGCCACAGCUUCCGGCUCUGGACUUGGGUGUCCGUUCGCUCGAGACGGAGUGCGAGGCUGGCUUGGAAGUGCUUCAGAGCGGGCGUCUCGAGCCGCAGUCGCAGGUUGAAGUCAAACCGCGGGAACCAAUGACAAUCAAAGAUGAGGCAAAGAAUAUAUCAAAGCCUUCUCUACCAACGGCUAACGUGGAAGCUAUCGCCAGCAAUGGAGAUGCUUCGAAGCGAACUCAAGAGCCUAAACUGCUACAGCCAGUUUUCGCAAAGGCAACUCUCAGCGAUCUCGACGUCGAGGCGACUGUGCUCAUCGUGAGGUCUGCCCUCGAAGUUGACGCUGCUGGAGAUCCUACGGGCUAUCAGGACGAUGGUGGUACGCCGCAGCGUGAUGCUGGGUCGUCGCUGCACCCCAUUAUUGUUGGACCACCUGCCACGCAAUCACUCGCCGUCCUCGAAGAAAACGACGUCAAGCCUACCACUUCCGCAUUGCAAGGAGCUGAUCCGAACUGCCGCGGCCUUCUCAUACACCAUCUCGAUGUCCAUGAGAACACUCUCGGCCUUCCCACGAAAGACGUCGGCGCUGACGAGCACACUUCCGACACUGCAAACGAGACAGGCAUGCGUCGACCAUCAAUCCCCUUGAGCGGUGGAGGGACUAUAGCCACACCCAAUUAG